AUGUUGGAGUGCACACGUAGGGAUAGAAUCAGUAAUCUACCAAAUGACAUUAUUUGCCACAUCGGGUCUUUCCUUUCGGCAAAGGAGGCUGCUUUCAUAAUGGUUCUCUCCAAGAAGUGGCGAAAUCUGUUUACCAUCAUACCCAAACUUCAUUUUGACGAUGAUGAUGAUGAUGGUUUGAAGGAUUUUUUGGAUGGAGUAUUGACUCUACCAGUGAGCACUCGUAUAAGGUCAUUCUCUCUCAAAUGUAACCAUGUGGUUGAGUAUGAUGAUCAGAUCAAACGUUGUCUCUGUGAGGUCGUGAAGCGUGGUGUUAUGGUUCUUGAACUCCAUAUAAAGGUCGCCAAAGAAGGAUCUUAUUCACUGCCUUUGGAGAUAUUCACUUGCAAGACGGUUCACACAAUGAAACUUGGGUCUGGUUUUGCUAUUGACUUCAUCCCUGCGGAUGCUUUGAUUCCAGCUCUCAAGACUCUUUCUCUUGACUCUGUUUUGUUCUACAAUGAUUUUGGUGGUCGGUGUGCUUUCCAAGCGCUUGUUUCUACUUCCCCUGUGCUUGAGGAGUUGGUCAUGGAUGGUAUUGAGUGGGAAAGUUGGGAAUGGUCUUGUGUUGUGUCCAGUCCGAUCCUUCAAAGACUGACUAUCCGACGUCAAGUGUGGGAUUCUUAUGAGAGAUAUGGUAAUGACAGCAAUGUUCUAGAUUCUCGGGGUCUUGCUUAUGAUUUUGACAGCAUUAGUUUUGAUACUCCGCGUCUUACCUACUUGGAGUACUCUGAUUUUGUCCCUAAAGAUUAUCCAACUGUGAAUCUCAACUCCCUUGUUGAAGCUAAGCUCGAUCUUCGUGUGGACCAAGAUUCUAUAUGGGGAGGCGAACAUGCAGAAGAUUUCGAUCCAAUGAAUAUGAUGCUCUAUGGCUUCCGUGAAGCACUUCCAGUGUUUGGAAAGCUGCUUCAGGUAUCUAUUAGCCUUUCGAACUUCUGUUGGUAUUCUCUACCAGUUCUCAUUCAAAGAUCUCCAAAUCUGAAGACACUCAUCAUUGAGGAUUCAUUUCACUGUGGAUAUGAAGAAGAAUUGGUUUGCUAUUGCAUGUCAGAGACAUCUCACGUGUUGUCUUCUUCUUUGGAAGUCCUAAAAAUAACCGGGUACAGAGGAAUUAUGAAAGAGCUUGAGCUGGUGGAGCAUUUCUUGGAAAAAUUAUCAUGUCUUGAACUGUUGGAAGUUCAUGCUCAAGUAUCACAUGGCGAAAAGCUACGAGUCAUGGAGGAUCUGCUAAUGCUUCCUAGAGUUUCGUCCAAGUGCAAAAUCCAGGUCAAGUUUUCUUAA